UCAAUCUUUGUUAAUUAGAAAGCAGAGAUGUUUUUCUCUGAUUCUACCAUGGUGUAUAUCUAUCUAGAUAGUUAGCAGAGAAACUACAUAAACAGAUUUGAUCAAAUUGUAUUUUAAAGAAGAGUUCUUACAUAUCACUAUUGUUGUUACUCCAAACUAAGCUUAUAAUUUUCUGAAACUCAUCGAAGUCACGAGACGCUUAUAAAAUUUGUAAGUCUUACAGUUGUGUGAAGUGCUGCCAACAAUAAUAGAUUCAGGUUAUACUACAUUGAUCCUCUGCUGAAAUGUCAUCCCGUUUUUGGCAUCAGUUCUGCGGACAUGGUGAAAAUUUUACCACAUGGAAAGAUGGUGACUUCGGACAUUGCUUUGAACAAGUGGUGGUUUUAUGCCCCAGCUACAUAAUACUGGCAGCGUUCAGUGCCUUCUACAUAGCUGUGGCAAAAAGCAACUCACGUGGAGCAUUUUUACCGUUACCAUGGUUUGUAAGGCUGCGCCUACUAAGCAUUAUAUUACUCUGUUUGACAGCUGUGGUGCUAGUUGUAUCAACAAGAAUCAUAAAUAAGAUAUCGGUGAGUUACGCUGACAUUGUGACAUCAUGCAUGACAUCAUUUUCAUGGCUCUUGCACUGCAUUUAUGUGUACAGAUUAAAAUUCCUAUACUGGAACACAUGGAGGGGGCCAACGCCAAUGGUUGUCAUUUUUCUGCUCCCUCUGAUCUCUGUUGGGGUUCAACUAUAUACCAACAUUCUGCAGAGAAUAAGACACUCACCCAUGCAUAAUGAAAUUGAAGAGUACUGUGUUUACAUAUCAAGUUUUCUAUUGUUGUGUUACAUAGUCAGUCUUAUACCAGGAAGUGAACGGGUAACACUUUUAGAUGAUGAUGUAUAUUAUAGAGCUAUAAACGAAAGUCUUGAUGAAAGUAGCUCUUUGCUGGAUAGGGAAAGAGCUGAUUAUAAAACUACAUCUAGAAGGAAAGAAGAACCUGUAGUUGCGGAAAAAAAUGUUAACUGUGUUUCUUGGCUAACAUUUUACUGGGUACAUCAGUUACUGACUAAAGGAGCAAAGAAACAUAUAAAAAGUGCAAAUGAUUUGUUUUUGUUACCUUUAAGGCUUGGAACAUGUUCAUUGUUUGUCAAAUUUACUAGUAAAUUGACAGGAAAAUGUGAUUUUAAAUUCAAAAGAAGCUCAAGCUAUAUAUCCAGUUCAAGUCUUAGUUCUAGUUACAAUAGCAUUCCCGAUGUCACUUAUUCCAUUCCAAGAGAUAGGAGGCAACUAACCACUGGUGAUGAUGAACCAGUAACUCUAUUGAAGGCAUUGAACAAAACAUUUGGACUAGAGUAUUAUAGCCUUGGAGCUUUGAAACUUUUAGCUGAUUGCUUUGGGUUUGCAGGACCAGUUUUGUUGAAUCUCUUAGUUUCUUACAUGGAGCAAAAAUCUGAACCAGAACAGAAUGGUUACUGGUAUGCUUUGGGCUUGUUUGGGGCUACAUUGUUGGGCUCCAUAUGUUCAACACAGUUUGACUAUAACUGUAAUGUGGUUGGGCUUAAAAUCAGAACGGCCAUCAUCACUACCAUUUACCGCAAGUCGCUCUCAGUGAGCAAUGUAAGUGUUGGAAAGUUUUCCAGUGGCCAGAUUAUCAACUUCAUGAGUACGGACACAGACAGGAUCAUCAACUUCUGCCCCAGUUUUCACGCGUUCUGGAGUCUCCCAUUUCAGAUCGGAGUCUCACUCUAUCUGUUACAUCAACAGGUGGGUAUAUCAUUCCUGGCGGGUCUAGGGUUUGCUUUGAUCCUGAUCCCAAUCAACCGUUGGCUGGCCAUCAAGAUAGGCAGCCUCAGUAAGGCCAUGAUGGAACAGAAAGACAGCAGGGUGAAGGUCAUGAAUGAGAUCCUGUUUGGUAUUCGUGUGGUGAAAUUCUAUGCAUGGGAGGACCAUUUUGAGUCAAAGAUCCGUUCCUUGCGAGAUGCAGAGUUACGUUCCUUGGCAGGGAGGAAGUACCUGGAUGCGAUGUGCGUGUACUUCUGGGCGACCACACCUGUACUAAUCUCCAUACUCACCUUCACUACGUACUCACUGAUGGGCAACCAGCUUACAGCUGCUAAGGUGUUCACCAGUCUGUCGCUGUUCCUGAUGCUGAUAAGCCCCUUGAAUGCCUUUCCCUGGGUUAUUAAUGGGCUGAUGGAGGCGUGGGUGUCUCUCAACCGUGUCCAGGAAUUUGUAGCCCUUACUGACCUGGACCUGGAGGACUACUACUCGUCUAGCGCAGUGCUGCCUCAGGACUGUGCAGUUCACAUCAAGGAUGGGGAGUUCUCCUGGCAGGAAGGUCUUGAGCCUCGGAGAAAAUCAACAUCAAGUAGGGCGUCUAGCCCAGGGGAGGAGGGGAACUCUGCGGCUUCAACAGCGGCACUUGUUGAUGGGGAGAAAGGAAUUGACCAGAAGAAAACUCUCAGUCUUACUGAUAUCAACAUACAUGUUCUCAAGGGACAGUUUGUUGGAGUGAUAGGAAAAGUGGGUUCAGGGAAGAGCUCUCUGCUCAGCAGUAUUCUAGCCGAGAUGCACAGGGUCAGGGGUCAUAUACGGGUCAGUGACCUUGAUCUUGGGUUUGCUGUAGCAACCCAGGAGCCCUGGAUACAGCAUGCUACAGUGAAAGACAACAUUCUGUUUGGGCGCCAGUUCAACAGCAGGAAGUAUGAGAGGAUUAUUGAUGCCUGUGCCCUGACUGAGGACUUAAAGACUCUGCCAGCUGGAGACCUUACAGAGGUGGGGGAAAAUGGCGUGACCCUCAGUGGAGGCCAGAAGGCUAGAGUGGCUCUAGCCAGGGCUGUGUACCAGAAUAAGGAUGUGUACCUCCUAGACGACCCUCUAUCUGCGGUGGACGCUCACGUGGCUCAGCACUUGUAUCAGAAGUGCAUCAUGGGAUUGUUGUGGGGCAAAACACGCCUCCUGUGUACCCACCACACACGAUAUCUUGUCAACGCAGACCUCAUUAUUGUCCUGGAAAACGGCAAGAUCGUCAAGUCUGGUUUGCCAUCAGAAGUCCUUGAUUCAGUAGAGCUUAGCUCUGGAGUCGUUGACAAGGAGUAUUCACCAAAAGACCAGACAGAGGCCACAGAAACCAUGUCACUGGGCACAGUUGAGGGUGGUACCCUGGUGGAGGAGGAGGGGAAGGAGACGGGCGUCGUCAAGCUUGGGGUCUACCAGACAUACUGGAGAGCAGUGGGGGCGUGUCUUGCUCCUACUGUGCUUAUGGCUCUCUUUCUCAUGCAAGCAUCUCGUAACAUCAAUGACUGGUGGCUAUCCUACUGGGUGUCCCACUCUGAGGUUCCUGGACAGAAUGUGACCAACCAUUCCACACCUGCUGGCUUACAGCAAUACCUGCAUUCCAUACCAGACAAUGUGACCACACCCUCUAUGCUGGUGACAGCAGGGGACAAUGUUAUGUUCUACCUGACCGUGUACGGGUGCCUGGCCGGGGCCAACUCGGUGUUCACACUGUUCAGGGCUUUCCUGUUUGCCUACGGGGGCAUCUGUGCUGCAAGGACCAUCCACACUCGGCUUCUUACUAACAUUCUAAAGGCACCGGUCUCAUUCUUUGAUGUGACUCCGAUAGGACGCAUUGUGAACCGGUUUUCCUCUGACGUGUUCUCUAUUGAUGACUCUCUCCCCUUCAUCAUGAAUAUAUUCUUGGCCCAAGUGUAUGGUAUACUUGGAACUGUGGUUGUUGUCUGCUAUGGGCUGCCAUGGUUCGCUGUUCUCCUACUGCCGUUAGCUGUCCUCUACUAUAAGAUACAGAAAUACUACAGAGAAACAUCGAGGGAGUUGAAGAGGAUCUCGAGUGUGACACUGUCUCCGAUCUACGCUCACUUCUCUGAAACCAUCACUGGCAUGACAACCAUCAGAGCCAUGAGGGAGCAGGACAGGUUUCAGCAGGAGAAUCUAGAGAGACUAGAUGUGAACCAGCGGGCACAGUUCGCCUCCCAGACCGUGGCCAGCUGGCUCGCAUUUCGUCUCCAGAUGCUUGGUGUUGCCAUGGUUACGGGGAUAGCCCUCAUAGCUGUUCUUGAGCACCACUUCAAGACUGUCAACCCUGGCCUGGUCGGUUUGGCGAUCUCGUAUGCACUGUCUGUAACAAACCUGCUGGGUGGGGUCGUGAACUCGUUUGCAGAGACUGAGAAACAGAUGGUCAGUGUGGAACGGGCCCAGCAGUACAUUGACAACGUGCCACAUGAGAGAAUGGAAGGAUCCCUCUUGCCUCCCCCCUACUGGCCAAUCCAAGGGUCGGUGGUGUUCCGCGGGGUGAGAAUGAAGUACCGCCAUAACCUCACAGAUGCUCUUAACAAGGUCUCCUUCGAGAUUGAGCCUUCAGAGAAAGUGGGCAUUGUGGGUAGGACAGGCUCGGGGAAAUCCAGUCUUUUUUUAGCACUGUUCAGGAUGGUGGAGAUAUACAAGGGGAACAUCUUUGUGGAUGGCAUUGAUCUCUGUCAUCUGGACUUGAAGGAUAUCAGGUCCCGGUUCGCCAUCAUUCCACAGGACCCAUUCCUGUUCAGUGGAACUGUUCGUGAGAACCUGGAUCCUACCAGAGCAUACUCGGACAGCGAGCUAUGGUCCGUCGUGGACAAGUGCCACCUGCGAGCGGCGGUCGAGAGGCUUGGGGGGUUGGGAGGAGAUGUUGCAGAACGUGGGAAACAUUUCUCCGUUGGCCAGAGACAGCUGGUCUGUCUGGCUAGGGCACUUCUUACUAAAGCCAAGAUCUUGUGUAUAGACGAGGCGACAGCCAGCGUUGACAUGGAGACAGACAUGUUGAUCCAGGAAACAAUCCGCUCAGAGUUCCGGGAAAGCACAGUCCUCACAAUUGCACAUCGGAUCAACACAAUCAUGGACAGCGACCGUGUCCUCAUCAUGGGUGACGGGAAAGUCACAGAGUUCGGCCCACCAGGACGACUGAUGAUGAAUCAAGAGUCACUGUUUUACAAACUGGUGAAUGGAAAAUGAGUUGUAGAUGAUUAGAUUGUCUCUUUGGACUCUGGGUCACUAAACUGUACAAUGGAAAGUUGAAUUAUCUGUAUUGUACUUUGAAUAAUCUGUAUUGUACUUCGAAAUUAUCUUUUACCAUUCUUUUACUGUAAAAAACAUUCUACAUAGUGUUGCCAACAUUCCAGAUUUAUUGUGUCAAGGACUAAGGCAUGCACUUUAUCAUUGCAUUAAAAUUACUACAGUUUAGACCAUGUGUAGACUAAAAUUAUGUAUUGUUCAUGUAUGUUGAACACCUAAAACAAUCACAUGAACAGUGAACUUGAAUUUUAAAUUGAAGUGUUCAUGAAUCUGAGUUCAUGUUCUUGUUGUGUUCAAUACUUAUGUCUAAAGUAUUUUGUAAUGUCUUAGAUAUAUGAGAUAUUGUGUUGGAAACUGUUUAUAUAUAUCAAAUCUUGUUUUACUAACAGCAUUUUUGGUAUUUGUUGUGUAAUUUACAGUAUUGUUCUUAUUCAUAGUUUUGACCAAUAUUGUAUUAACAUGAAAUAUGUUAGUUUUUGUUAUCUGUUUAGCUUUUUAAAGUGCACUGCUGAUUUGAAUGACCACAACUGGUUGUCAUAUUACAUUUUACUUUUGUUUUUAAUUUUAUAUUUUAUGUCUCGCAUGUUUAUGUUUUAUUUGCCCUUUCUUCCUAUCCGUUCUCUGUAUACUUGAAGUAGUAUACCACUGUGACUGUGGCAUAUGCUAUUGAUAGUGUAACCCGGUGGUGAAGUUUCUUGCUUGGUGUAUCUGUAUUUAGCAGUCUUUUACGAUUCUAUUCUCAAUUAUUCUAUUGCUUAUUUUAUUUAUUAAGUUUAAAUCUUGUUAUUACUAGUUAUUGUUUUCAAAUUUCAAAAACUCUUAUUUGGACAGCUUUUAAUUGUAUGUGGGGGUUUUCAAAGAAAAUUGAGACUUGUUACUGCUAUACACUUGUUGUUGUCGGCAGCGGCAUUAUUAAGGCCCAUAACUCUAGCUCUAGUAAAUAUUGUUUAAUGUCUCUUUUUAUGUCUCAGAAGAAAGGAAGAUGGGCGCUGGCGUCAACUAGUGGUGCUCUUUUUGGCUGUGAUGAGCUCCAUGUAUUAUCUUAAGGGCAGAUAUGAUGACUUACCUUCAAGGUAUUAUCCUAUGGGCAGAUAUGAUGACUUACCUUCUGUGAUCAACCUUUGUGCAAUAGGAGUGGGGGUUUGGUGAAACUUCCUUGGCUUCAAUUGUUUGUUGCUUUACUAUUGUUAUUUUUAUAUGAUCCACAUUGUUCGAUGUCAGGCCUUUUGGACAUAACUGUUACAAAUGAAAUAAUCAUUAACAUAAGUUACCAAUAGCAUCCUCAGUGUUUAUUAUAACUAAUUUCGAGUGAUAUCAGAGUGUCGUUUGUGAAAAAAAUACUCAAAUAGAUCUGCAAAGUUUCCUAUACCUAAGUUACGUGAAGAUUUCUAGUUGGGAUAAGAACUAAAUUAUUAGCCAGUUUGAAUUUUCAUACAUAUACGUUAAAUAUGCCUGUCAUUUCAGUUUUUGUUUGCUAUGAUGCUAUGUAUUUGAUGUCAAAUUUAGUUUUUAAAAAUUGUAGUGCAUGGUCUUUCUUUUUAACAUGUGUUUUUUAAGCAUUUUUAACAGAUAUCAUCAUGGAAUUUUGAGUAUUGCUUCCUGAAAUGUCCUUUAAUAGAUAACCUUAUAAAGUAAUAAAAGCAAAUGUAUGUCCAAAAGCAUGAUGCAGCUCAUAUGACAAUGUGUGCGAGUACAAUCACAAUCCAUGUUUUGGCUGGUUUCGUGCUUGCAUUUUUUAUUUAAGAGACAUCAGACACAAUUCUAUGCUGAACGUUAUAACCUAUUAAUAACAAGGCAUGACCAGGAAAGAAAAAAAUAUGUUUGUUUUUUAUUGGACAUUGGAAUGUCAUGAAAAAAAAUAUUUUACUCCUUUUGCAUUAAAUUGUUUAAUUGUUGAAUUGUCAUUCUCGAACAAUAGGGGGAGAUGUUCUAUAACAUUUGAAAUUAUCACUUCAAAAGCUGUUGUGGUUCCAUCACAUUUCCUGUUUUUAAUUUCCAUAUUUAGAUACAUUUUUAAACUCUUAUUUAAUUGCACAAUACAAUACACAUGUACUUAGUAUUGAAAUUAACUUCCUUUAUAUGAAUGUCUCACAUUUGUAGACAUGUUGUACUUUAAUAUAUGUAUUUAAGUGGUGGUGUUGAUACAAAUAAACUGUUACU